CCUAGUAGUUGUCUUCAUAUGGGCAUUAUAUAUAGGACAGUAUUGUAUAAGGCCAAAGAAACACCAGCUUCCAAUAUUAGUAUCAUGGCAGCAAAAGCUUUUCAAUUCCUCAACUGAAACCAAGGAUAACUCCCUGGUUUUUGUCUUUCUCUGUUGGGAAACCACCUUAAUUUCCUUCUUUAGAAUUCGUUACAAAACCAAGCCACACCUUUAUCGUAAGGUCCAGGGAAGCUUCUAUUAAUUAACCCUUUCAUCUUUUUGUUCAAAUGACAAAUAUUUCAGGUGAUGAAGGAAGUUUGUCCUCAGCAAACACUGUGGAAGAAGUUCACCAAGAAAACAAGCAGCAACAACCACAAAACCACCCUCAUGGCUCAGCUUCUGGUGUUUGCAACAGCAAUAGUUCCACCAACCAACAACAACAACAGGCAACCAAGAAGAAAAGAAACCUACCUGGAACCCCAGAUCCGAAUGCUGAAGUUAUUGCUUUAUCACCAACCACAUUAAUGGCAACAAAUAGAUUCGUGUGUGAGAUCUGCAACAAAGGGUUUCAGAGGGACCAAAACCUUCAGUUGCACCGUAGAGGUCACAAUCUUCCAUGGAAACUGAGGCAGAGAGGAAGCAAUGACGUGAAGAAAAGGGUUUAUGUGUGUCCUGAGCCAUCAUGCGUCCACCAUAACCCAGCUCGUGCAUUAGGAGACCUCACUGGCAUAAAAAAACAUUACAGCAGAAAACAUGGCGAAAAGAAGUGGAAAUGUGACAAGUGCUCUAAAAGAUAUGCAGUCCAAUCUGAUUGGAAGGCCCACCAGAAAACCUGUGGAACCAGGGAAUACAAAUGUGAUUGUGGGACCAUAUUUUCAAGAAGAGACAGUUUUAUCACACACAGAGCCUUUUGUGACGCAUUAACCGAAGAAAACAACCGAGUGAGCCAGGGAUUAACGCCAAACAUGCAAAAUGAAUUGGCGCGGGACCUUAUGGCCACAAUGCCUCUAAGCACAAGUUCCAACACCGUACCACAGAAAACCCUAUCCCAAGAACAUGUCCCUAUGCCAUUCAAGUCCAUGAGCAUGGGUGGUGGCAUGCUCUCCACCACCUCAGGUACACUCUUUGGUGGUCCAAAAAACAUGUCUCCCUCUUGUUCCACCCUUCAACUCAGCUCCAACAACUCCACUGCUUUCAAUUACUUCCAAGACAGCACAAUCUCUUCUGCUUCAGCUCACAUGUCUGCAACAGCUUUACUACAGAAAGCAGCACAAAUGGGUGCCACUGCAAGCAGCAACAGCAUUAACUCCCCCAUGAUGCAGAAAAGCUUUGUUAGUAGCAUGGCUUGUUCUGACCACCUCCAUAACUCUUCUUCCUAUGACCCCUUUCAUCAAUCUCACAUGGCUGGGAUUAGUGGUGCUGGAGCCUUCACCAACCAAAUUUUCCAUAAGGGGCAACAAGAUCAUAUGCCACUCAUAUUUGAUGCUAACAACACCACUAUGGGAAUGCUUGGCACAAUGUUCAUGGGAAGUGACCACAACCAAGGCUUGAUGAAUAACAUGGAACAAGGGCUUGAUGUGGCAGAAGGAAAUCCAAUUAGGGCAUCAAAGUUUGGAGGUGGUGACGACAUGACAACGGUUCAUGACUUCUUGGGCGUUGGUGCAACUUCAAGGGCAGCGAGUUUGCAUGAACCACAGAGGUUGCGAAUCAUGAAUCACUUUCACCUUCCACAUGGGGAUUCAGCUAUGGAGAAAUCCAUUUGGGACAUUUGAGAACUGACACAAACCAUGUUUGAUUCAGUUUAGACUAGAAGAAAAGAGAAUGUUUUCCUUUAAAUGAGAUUUUGAACUUUGUAACAUAAUGUCUGGUGAGUGGUAACAGACUCCUCAGCUAGUUAAUCUCAGUAACGUGCCUAUCUUUCAAAUCAAGAGUAUAUGUUCAAACACAAACUGGUGAACUGAUUUCAAUGCGAGGAAAUGUGUUUUAAAACCACGCCUAAC